CCAUACGUGUGCAACCUCCAUCUCAUCGUCUUCUCCAUUCUUCAUCCCCUUCAUCUUGCAAAAGAAACCCUAGCCGCCGCUGCAAUCUCAUCACUGCCGUCGUUCGACAUUUGUGUGACACCUACUCAAACAGAGUCAAUCCUCACCAUCUGUCACUCUCUAUCGUUUAUCAAAGUCGAAGCUCUCGUUGUCUCCGGUCAUUACGUUCUUGACCCAAGAUGAACGAUGUAGCAUCUUGUUGUUCCAUGUGGCGUCAUCCUCUUCGUUGCAAGCUUCCGGUCGACCAUCAAGUCAUCCCUAGCUCAAUUCGGUCAUAGCUUCUCCGUUUCAUUCUCCGACCAAGCCUAUCCAUUUUGCACACCCAGUUUUGAGCCACUUUGUCUCCAUCCAAGCCAAAUCUGAGUUCUUCUUUGCACGCCGUCUUUUGGUUCGGUUUGUGCACUGUUGCUGCCUCUGUCUUGUCGUGAGCCAUUGAGGUUUGUGGUAACGGUUUGAAGGAGCGAAAAAUAGAGUUUUGGGGAAAUUAGAAUUUUGAUAGAUGUUAAUUAUGUGUGUUGGGGUUUGAUUUAAUAAUACGACCUUUGUUGUUUUUUGAACGGAUUAAGUUUUUCACUAGGUAAGAGCAUUUAAGAUAUUGUUUAACAGAUUUUUUUUUAGAUUUUUUUAUUUUGCUAUUUUAUCAAUUUAAAAAUAAGUUUGUUAUUUGUCCAAAGUAAACUUUCUAUUUUACUAUUCUUCUUGAAGGUCCUUAAAUUUAUUCUCAAAAACUUAUUUUCGUCUAAAUUUUGGUGUAUUUUCAUUAAAUCUAAUUUUCAAAUAUUUUCUAUAAUUACAAGAUGUUGGAGAUAUUUACGGUUAGUUUCCUCCUCAAAUCACUCUUCGUUACAUGAUAGAUGAUAGAUUACGUUGUUUGUUUUAUCUUAUUAUUUGAAAUAUAGUGACAUAAUGCAUGUUAAUAUCACACAUUUACAUUUUAUAUAUUCUAGUAUUUAUAAUAUAUUCCUAUAUGUCAUGAUGUAUAUUGUUUAAUAUACCCUAAUAUACAUUGGAGGUAUAAAUAUGAUAUAUUCUUAUCAAUUAUAUCAUAGUAUUUGUGGUAUGUAAUGAUACCUCUUUCUGUUUUAAUAGAUACCUAGAUAUCCUUUGCAUAUAUUGUUUGUAUAUGAUAGUCAUUUUAACGAAAGAAACAACUAUGUUAAUUACAAAUAUACUAAGAUUAGCCUUCGCAAUAUAAAGUGUAACAAAACUAUUAUUAUUUAUAUUUUAAAAUUUUUUAUUUAUUUUUUUAACAUGAAUAUUUUAAUUUAUACUUAUUGAACUUUAUGAAGAAUUUUUUUAAAUCUAAGUGUGUUGUUAUAUAAUGUAUUAAAUGAUAUCAAAUGUCACAUAGUUUUAAGGUUUAAAUAUCUCAUUCUCUUAAAAUUUGUAAACAAACACUCUAUUUAUCAUUGUCGUUAUCUAAACCUUUAUCGUCUUCGCUAUCCAAUGAAGAACAAAGAUUGUCUCCAUCACAUUUUUCUUUGUUGUCAUGCACCAUUAAGCGAAAAAGAAAGAAGAGUACUAUGACAACGACGAUUAACAACUCUCAAUAUUCACCAAGAAGUUAUACAACAAAGACAACUCGAAAGAGUGACACCAGUAGUGUUGAAAGGUUUAUGAAACGAAGGUUGAAGGAAAUUAAGGAUGAAGAAGAAAGAAAUUAAAAGAUUAUAUUAUUUUACCGUUAAUUAGUUAACUAUUAGCUAGUCAAAGGAUGACCACUAAAAAUCUACUAUCAAAGCUGUUUCAAAUUUUCAGACUUCAAACUUUACAGAUGAAAAUUUGUCAGAAAAAGAGGCAUGGCUCUCUAUCAUCAGCGAAGAUCCGAUCAUACACAAACUAUAAUUAAUAAUAGAUUAAGCAUAGGAGAUGACAUUAUUGGAUUCCCGACAAAAUUUAUUGAAUAAAAAACCAAAUACAACGAGGUUUAGUUUGUCCAACUUGACUUUGUCGUGGCCAUUACUCUACUACACGCUUUCAGAUCUCAUACCAACAUUGUGUGGCUUUCACGUUGUGAGUUCAUGGCUCACAAUAUCUUAUCCACACAACUUUAUUAAUAUAAUACAAACACACAAAACAAUUACCUCUGUUUCUUCAUUUUCUAAUAGCUUCCCUUCCCACUUCAAUCAUGGAAAACAAUACAUGUUCAAUUUCUUCUUCUUCUUCUUCAAAGUUAGCAAUUUAUGUGUUAUUUGUUUGUGUUGUGCUCAUGUUUAGCUCUUCAAUGGUUUCCUCCGCCAACUUCUUGAAGGACAUUGACCACACAUGGGGCGGAGGUGAUAGAGUUCAAAUACUCAACAAUGGCGAAGGCAUUGCUGUCUCCCUCGACGAAACCUCCUGCUCUGGAUUCCAAUCUCGAGACCAGUACCUCUUUGCCAAGAUUGAUUUGGAAAUGAAACUUGUCCCUGGAAACUCGGCUGGUACUGUUACUGCAUUUUACCUAUCGUCUAUAGGGGAGUUCCACGACGAGAUAGACUUGGAAUUCUUGGGAAGAGUUGAGGGAGAUCCCUACAUUCUGCAAACAAACAUGUUCAUCCAUGGAGUUGGUCAAAGAGAGAUGCAGUUUUUCCUUUGGUUUGACCCAUCGACUGAUUUUCACAACUACACCAUUCUUUGGACGCCCCAACAUAUUGUGCUGUUGGUCGACGGGAUUCCGAUAAGAGAGCUAAAGAAUAAGAGAGAAAAGCGUGCCCCAUUCCCGAUGGUGCAACCAAUGAGAAUUUACGGCAGCAUAUGGAACGCCGACAGCUGGGCUACAAGAGGCGGUGCAGUCAAGAUAGACUGGACCAAGGCUCCAUUCCGAGCAUGGUUCAAGAACUUAAGAGUCGAUGGUUGUUUGUGGUCCGAUAAAAACUCCAAAUCCAAUUGCACUAAGUCCUCAGCUUCUUGGCUCUCCUCCAUCCUUGAUAAUAAAAGCAAACAACGCAUGAAAUGGGCUCAAACCAAAUAUAUGUUCUAUGAUUACUGCACUGACACUAAACGUUUCCCUCAGGGUCUCCCUCUCGAGUGUUAAUUUUAAAUCAACUUCUCUUUUCACCAUUAUUUUGGGUUUAGUCAUCCAUUUCUAACAAACAUUUGUCAUAAUUACAUUCUUGAUUUGUAUGAAUAAAAAUGAUCUUGACCACCUUUUUUUUCA